AUGGAAUUAGGGUUAGAUCUCAAGAUCACCAAAACCAGACACGACAUGACCUCCAUUGUUUCUAACCUUCAUUUCGCCCAAGACAGUAAAGGAGGAUAUGUCUUCUUCUUUAAAGAAACUGAUACCAACUUCAUCCUUCAUGCCCAUCUCAAAGGGUAUAAGAGAAGGAACAUUGAGAUCAAGAUUAAUGAAGAUGGGAGUGAGCUGUGGGUGAGUGGAGAGAAGACAGUGGAUGAAAUGACCGUAAUGCCCUUGAAGAUGAAGAAAGAGGAGGAGAUGAACAUGAGAGAGUUCACAAGGAUGUUUAAAAUCCCAGAAGGGGUGGUCUUGGAUGGGAUCAAAGCAAUAUACGACGAAGAUGAAUGGAAGUUGACGAUUGUGAUGCCUAAAAUGGCGAAGGGAUUUCUUAGUAGGGUUGGGAUUAAAGAACCAGAAGAUCCAAGUGAAGUAGAUGAGAAGAAAGAAGAGUUUGAAGAAGAGGAAGAGGAAGAGGAAGAGGAAGCUCUAAUGAAGAAGAAGCGUCAAAAACAAAGGAGGCCAUGUUUUCCUUUGAUGCUUGGAGGAUCCGCUUUUCUUUUGUCUCUUAUAUUAUUUGCUAUACGCUUUAUCAGAUUCAAACACAAAUAACUUCAUAAUUCAAACAUUCUAAGCCUUCUUCUUCUUCUUAACGUUCUUAAUUCUAUACCGAGAUAGAGAGUCAUAUAGAAGAAUGAAAUUAUAUGAAUCCAAUGUAUUUUACCUCCCUAA